UGCAACAACUUUUGCCGAUUGUAACGAUUACCUGGUUUUGCAACGGGGUCACCUAAUAUUUGAGUUCAUCGUAAUACUUGGCACUUGAUAUUGAUUAGGAAAUUCUCGUUGGAGGCUUGGAAUAAAUCAAUGGAGGAGAGAGAAUGGGCAACCAGAAGAUGCGAAGAAGCGUUGGACAGAAUCCAGGGUUUGCCACUUUCUAACAUCACGGCCUCUUGCAAGGCUACUCUGCUUCGUCUCGUCAAUUCUGAGCUCAAUUUCCUUUCUCGUCUUUCUCUCUCUACUUCUAAAUCUUCUUCACCAUUUAGCUGUAAUGUUGGCUAUUUUGAGGCAAUUGUUCACAUACUUCAGCAGCCAUACAUAGUUGGGGUGUCACGUGUGUGCAAGCCAAUCCCUUUGUCACCUACAACUAGCCAUGGGGGGAAAACCGAUUCACCAUGUGAAGCUGUCCAUAUUGAUAUUGUUUGUAGUCUUCAUAACAGUCCAACUUGGUUUAUUGUAUCUGAUCGGAACCCAAAGUAUAUUACUUGGGAUAGUUCAGGGAGAGAUAAGGGUCUGAAAACGCGGAUUGAGCAAAUAGUUCGUGCUGCUCAGUUUUCCCUGGCACUGAAGCCUGUCUCUAUUGUUCUCUUCUUCGCAAAUGGACUAGAUGCUGCAAUUUGUGAGAGGCUAAUGACAAAUUUUGGUUUUAGAGAAUUUGAUUUAGAAUUUUCACAUUUUGAGUUUGUUUUCUCUGAUGCAUUAGAAGGUGAAUGGGUAAAUGUUCUUGGAAAAUCUUAUCAACGCGCAUGUAGUCUGAUAAUGGAUGUUGAUCCAUGUGCAAAGCCUUGUCAACGCAUUGAAUAUGUGGAAGAGGUCAGUUCUAGCGGUGUUCAGCUUGCGGAGACAAAUUAUGAGUUGGGGUUGGGAUCUUCAUUCUGUUGUCUAAUUGAGAUGAUGAAAGAGUGGCCUUUGGAUGUCAAAAGUUUAGAAUCUUGCAAACGAGAAGAUCUAUCAGGAGAGAAUGAUGUUGUCAAUUUUGACACAACAGCCUUAGUUGCUAUUAUAUCGGGAAUAAGUAAUGGUGGUUCAGAAAAGCUUUUGGCAAAAUCGGAGAAUGAACUGAGGCAGCGUUUUAAGAGUAACACUGAGUUUGUGAUUUUUCAGGCACAGUCUGAGAUUGAGAAUGCCAUCCAUGAUGAACUGAAAUUAUUAUUGUGUGGCAAAAAGGGGAUUGCAUGUAAAACUGUUCAUUCAGAGUUUACGGAGUUGUUUUCUAUGUUUGGGGGCCCUUAUGAGCAGAUGAGAGCCAAUCAAUUAAUCAAGCGUCUCAAGAUUGUCCCUGAUACUCCUUCACCACGCAUGAUGUCUCUCCCAGUGACGAGGAAGCUAGCGUUGAAGAAUAAAGUUGCUUUUGGGACUGGAGAUUACUUGGGUGCUCCAACUUUGACGGCCAACAUGGGAUUUGUGAGAGCCGUCUCCCAAACUGGGAUGUCUCUAUUCAGUCUUGAGCAUAGACCUCGGGCGCUUGUUGGUGACUAGAAAUCUACAACUUGUCAAAUCAUGUUCAUGGAUACCAUCUUCAUGAAUAUUCACAUCAACACUCUAGUGAUGAUCAAAUAUGUGGGCACGAACUCUAGUGCCAGAUUCUUGAACGCCAACGCCAACAGAGGUAGGAGAUUCCAUUUGUACUCUGCAUGAGAUCACUUGACUUGAAGUACUGUAUAGUCUAACAAGAGACUGAAAAUUCUGUAUUGCGGAACUUUAGAGAUAAUAAUCAUCAUGUAGUCUAGAAUCAAUAGCCGCCUUGUGCGUAUGUUUUUCAAUGUUCUUUGAGACUAUGGAAGUAUCCCUAUCAAAAGUUUACUGAUACCAUUGUUCUCUUUC